GAUUCUGCAACAUGGCGGAGACCAAGGUGAGAGGUAUUAUAUCCUGUGGCCUCACUUUGGCUUUCACCUACAAGCGCUCGGAACGCUGUCGGCCAUGUACCAGGACCAUAUCCCGCAGAUCUCGCUCACGGACGAGGAGCGUGCCAAGUAUGACCAAUCGGCCCGCAUCUUCCUAUUGGAGACCAUGGCCGAGCGUUCCAAGUUCGAUCCGGAGCACAUCAACCCCAAGCAGUGGGAAUACGUACGUCGCCGCAAGUCCAUGAGCGUCUACCACAGCGUCAACGGUACGCCUGACCCGGCGGUGCUACUGAUGCUUGGAACGGGACUGAUCGACGGCUCCAUCGAGGACGUGUUAAGCGGGCUUUACUGUGAUACGACCGAGGAUCUACGAACAGCCAAGGUUCUACUAGGGUAUCCACUGGCUGGAGGCGCCGUAAUGAACGUCAGUGAACGGCGCAGCGUCAAAGAUCCUUUCCGGUUCGCUGGUGUCAAGUGGUUCGCAGCGAAGUCCGUGUGGGGUUUGAUGCGGGACCGCGACGUCUUGACGUACGAGCGAAUGGGUCUGACUGUCGAUGCCGACGGCGAACAAUGGGGCUACCAUACUCUACAAUCGAUUCGCCGUCCGGAGUGGCCCAUGGAAGUCAUACCCGGAAUGCAGCGUCAACACACGGCAACGUGUUAUUUGUACCGCCCGCGACGUGAUAUCAACAAAACGGAGAUAUUCCUCUGGGGAUCCAUCUACAAAUUCGGCAAAUACCCGGACAAGGUUAUCUACUACGGAGUUGCCACGACGUGGCUUAACGUCGUGCACAGCCCUACGAGUGGCCACGCCAAGAAGUUCAGCGCGUUGAUGGAGCGAGCGGAGAGCCACGGAUGGACCGCCACAAGCAAAGCGUGCCAUGUCUGCUCCAAGCAGCCUCUACUAGGAAGCUACCCGGCGUGCGCUGGCUGUCAUCAGAGCGUGUGUAGGGACUGUUCACGACAGAAGGGUAUCUUCGCUUUGGAUGCCAAGCGUAAGAAACCUCUCCGUCGAUUGUUCUGCGUGCUCUGCAUCAAGAGCGUCAUCGGCAGUGCACACUGGAGCGUGGACGACCACAUCGAAGCCAGCGGUAUUGAGUCCGAGCCUGAGUUCUCGUUCGCGUCCAGUUCCAGCUACACGGGCACGGAGAGUGUCAGCACCGGGCAUAGCCGCAGUACACUGGGGGACAACCAAGUGGCUGAUCCAUUCCGCCCAAGAGUGUCAUCUUCACCUACGUCAACACUUCCCGUUCUAGGCGCACAGGGGCCAUUGGACGCGGAUGCACGGCUCGUGCUCGACUGGUAGGCACAGGAAGUAUUCAGCGUUUAACCACUCAACACGUAUGACUUCAAGGAGCUGAUCUCCUACACAGCCAACGCGGUUGCAAUACAACCUGGAUCGCAGUAGGAGCUGCUUCUUUGACUGACACAGCUUGGUGGGAAAGCCAAAAACCGACUCUGUGGAAUAUCCAGUAAGUGGACUUCUAGAAUAACCGCGUUCGAACUUACACUGCACGGCAACUUGUAGUGGUCCCUCCUCAUGGUGAGUCAUCUCUUAAUUCCUAUAAGGUAUUCUCGAGUCAGCUUCAACUACCUCAUGCUUUAACUAGUCCAUUUUGGAUGCGUGGAA